UGACUGGCCGGGAGGCGCGAGGGGAAGCCCGCGGCGCGCGCCUCGCAGAGGGGCCCCGCCCGCCGCCCGCGCGCCCCCGGGAGCAGCCCCCGGGAGGAGCCGCCGCCGGGCCGGGCCGCCCGCCAUGGCCCACAAGCCGCUGCUGCAGGAGCGGCCCCCCGCCUACAGCCUGGAGGCCGGCCGGGGCGACUGCGCGUGCGGCCCGCGCGGCUACGGGGCCAUCCCCAGCGCCCCGCCGCCGCCCUGCCCCUACCUCGUCGCAGGGAUACCCACCCCCCACCCCAGGGUCUACAGCAUCCACGGCCGGCACGUCACCCGCUACCCGGCCAACUCCAUCGUGGUGGUCGGAGGCUGCCCGGUCUGCAGAUUAGUGGCGAGGACUCCGCUUUUACACGUGCUGAGUAGUAACUUGCAGAGUCGGGGUUCUGGAGGACUCCUUCACCUUCCUGGGCAUCUUCCUGGCCAUCAUCCUCUUCCCCUUUGGAUUCAUCUGCUGUUUUGCCUUGAGGAAGCGAAGAUGCCCCAACUGUGGAGCAAACUUUGCUUAAAGGGAACAAUACACCGAGCUUUCCUACACUCAGUUAUCUUUUUCUAAUGUAAAUGUCGUGUACAAUAGCUUUAUUUGAUUAAGCUUCAGGACUGUUUUGUAAAGUGCGGUGGGCUAGAUCGGUGGGCUAGAUCGGCGUUUGCGGGCAGGGGGAGGUUACAGAGCACGGACACAUGGGGACGCACGCGCUCCCAAAGUUAAUGACAACUCAGUAAAGCGCUGCUUUUAUUUUUUGCAGUCUUCAAUUUGAGAAAGGUGAGAGAGACUUUUAAUAAAGGAGAUUCAUACCAUUGUUUACCUGGUUCUGCUCAUUCGGUGUUUGUACGCUGCCAGGUGCAUAAAAAAGAUUUUGUUACGGAAAACCUCUAUGAAAGCAGACACACACGUCCCUUGCCAUUAUACAGUUUUAAAAAUAAAACUUCCUUGUCACUUCAA